AGUGAACUGAUAAAAACAUAGGUUUUAUUUCGAGAAUGUCAUGACUGGGGCAUCGAACGAAUCACACAGUUCUGACAGUGGUUUGGAACGCAACUGUCGACCGGAAUGGGGCCUUUGGACAUGUGUGUCAGCAAAUGUCUGUGGCUUAACGAGUACAACUCUGUGGUUUCUUGUUCUGCUGCCACAGGUUUACAAGAAUUUCCGCCGGAAGUCUGUGGUGGGGUUGAGUAUCCUGUGGGCGACAGCCAACUUUACAGCUUCCCUGGUGAAUAUAUUUUUUGUUUAUCUUUUCGCCAGCCUGCCCAUAUACUCCUCUAUUAAUGCGGUGUAUAUGCCCAUUCUGGAGUUUACUAUUCUUGUGCAGUUUUGGUUGUACAACACGGAGUUCUCAGCGAAAUCUAAAUACUGCUACGCUGCAGGAUGUGCAAUCAUGUGGGGAACUAUCAUCACAGUGCAGCUGACAGCACGCAAGUUCGCCGAGAUGCAAUGGGUAGCCAUUACACUCUGGUGUGUGGAGACACUGCCACAGAUUGUUCUUAAUCUGAAGCUGCGUUCUACCUCGGGUCAAUCAACGCGCUCAGCUGUGAUAGCGACGAUCGGAAAGAUGACCGACUUCCUAGCGACUUAUGGUCUAGUGAUUCCAUUGCAGUACGUGGUGAUGACAUAUUUCUCUAGCUCGGUGGCCUACAUUAACGGUAUCCAGAUAGCAUGGUACUAUCGCAGAGGACACUCUGGUGGAACCUCUGAACUACCAAAAGCAACUGUUGAAGACAAUGAUUUUACUGAAGGGAACAUCCAAUCGUACGAUGUCGCAAGUGAAGACAAUGCAGUGAUGAGUCCUGAAGAUGACGUCGAAUAUACGCCCCUUUGUUCCGGAACCAUAGUCAGGUGGCGACAUCCGAACAUAUCAGGAACGUGUGUUAUAAGAGGUGCUGUUAUUGGGUUCCUCAUAUCAUCCUUGGCGCUGUUCUUAUUUGGCCUCGUUGUAGUGACUGCUUCCGGCUAUAGCGCACUAGCGCCUUUAUCGAUAGCGUCUGUCCUUACGCUCGCGUAUCUUUACUAUCAUACCAGCAUAGGCCAGAGAUUUCGUCAAAUUUGUGUGUAUCAGAAAAAUUCACAAUAAAGAUUAAUAAGUAUGAUUAAAUAAAAAAGAUAUUAUUUUAUAUAACAUUCUUAUACAAAUUUCGAG